AUGGGUUUCUGUUUGAUACCCAUAAUCAGAUCCCUCUCGAAAGCGAGCUCCGGCAUUCUAUUUUUGUUCCUACUCACUUGCUCUUUCUUCCCUUCUACAGAAGCUUAUGAUGCGCUUGACCCGAAUGGAAAUAUCACAAUCAAAUGGGAUAUCAUCAGCUGGACCCCUGAUGGUUAUGUUGCUGUAGUUACUAUGCACAACUUCCAACAAUAUCGUCACAUUGCAACACCGGGGUGGACUUUAGGUUGGACAUGGGCAAAGAAGGAGGUGAUAUGGAGCAUGAUGGGAGCACAGGCCACUGAACAAGGGGACUGUUCAAAAUUUAAGGGAAACCCCCCACAUUGUUGUAAAAAGAACCCAACGAUUGUUGAUUUACUUCCAGGAACACCUUACAAUCAGCAAAUUGCAAAUUGCUGCAAAGGUGGGGUUCUCAGCUCAUGGGCACAGGAUCCACCCAAUGCGGUUGCUUCAUUUCAGGUAAGUGUUGGAAGAGCUGGAACCACUAACAAAACAGUCAAGGUGCCCAAAAACUUCACCCUGAAUGCACCAGGACCAGGUUAUACUUGUGGGCCAGGAAAAAUUGUGAAACCCACUCAAUUCAUACAGCCAGACAAAAGGAGAGUAACACAAGCACUCAUGACAUGGAACGUAACAUGUACGUAUUCACAAUUUCUAGCUCAGAAAACUCCGACUUGUUGUGUCUCCCUCUCUUCUUUCUAUAAUGAUACUAUCGUUCCCUGCCCAACAUGUUCAUGUGGCUGUCGGGGCAACUCAUCUACUUGUGUAGAGCCGGAUUCACCCCAUUUGGAAUCAGUUGUUGCUGGGAAAAAUGGCUUGGCACCUGUGCUUCAAUGUACUAGUCAUAUGUGCCCCAUCCGAGUCCACUGGCAUGUUAAGGUUAACUACAAGGAGUACUGGCGUGUUAAGAUCACUAUUACCAAUUUUAACCACAGGAUGAAUUAUUCUGAUUGGAACUUGGUUGUUCAACACCCAAACCUUGACAAUCUGACCCAACUUUUCAGUUUCAACUACAAAGGAUUAACUCCAUACGGAGUAAUAAAUGAUACAGCAAUGCUAUGGGGAAUUAAGUUCUACAAUGAUUUUCUAAACGAAGCUGGCCGUUCUGGUAAUGUACAGUCAGAGCUACUUUUUCGAAAGGAUAAAUCCACUUUCACUUUCGAGAAGGGCUGGGCUUUUCCUCGAAGGAUCUAUUUCAAUGGUGACAAUUGUGUGAUGCCACCACCAGAUUCAUACCCUUGGUUGCCCAAUGCUGGUUCCCGGCAAGGAGUUUCCCUGCUCACCUUAAUGAUAUCUUGCUUGGUAGCCUUGGUCUUCUACACAUUUGCUUGAAGUUCCUGCCGUGUUACACGCUACUCUCAUUUCGACCAGAUCAUUUUUGAGAACUAGCUCAGGUGUCUUAUGUUUUGCUGCUCAGUUUCAACAAGGGUUCUGAUGUAUUGUUAUAUCUGUCUGAUUUAAUGUAAUGAUACCGUACCGUAUUUUGGUCCUUGUUGUAAAUGAAAUUGUAAUUGUAAUUAUAAUAAUAUAUACAGGAACAUGUCUCACGGAGAGAUACACUUUAAUCGUUUGUAUUUGUUGUUCUUCGUACAAUUCACUGCCUAUUUAUUUAUUUUCGAUUA